UUUUUUUUUAAAUUUUACAUUUACGUUUAUAUAUUCAUUUAUAAAUUACACAUUCCAUUUCUAAAAGAAAAAAAAAUAAGUAAAAAGAAAAGCAAAAUGAGCACAGAAGUGCAAUCAAAAGCAUCUAACCAAAUAAACACAAUGAAUAUAACAACACGCGCGGGUGGUGCAUACAUCCCACCCCAUCGUUUACGUCAAAUGCAACAAUCUAUUACUGACACAAGCAGUGAAGCAUAUCAACGUAUUACCUGGGAGGCAUUAAAAAAAUCAAUUAACGGUCUCAUUAACAAAGUCAAUACAUCAAAUAUAAAAAUGAUCAUACCUGAAUUAUUCGGUGAAAAUCUUAUUCGUGGUCGAGGAUUAUUUUGCCGCAGUAUGAUGAAAGCACAACAAGCUAGUUUACCAUUUACACCUGUCUAUGCAGCUACAACAGCAGUUAUUAAUACAAAAUUACCAGCAGUAGGUGCAUUAUUAUUGACGCGUUUAAUACUUCAAUUUAGAAGAGCUUUUAGACGAAAUGACAAGACCUCUUGCCUUGCAACUACUAUGUUUAUUGCUCACCUCACUAAUCAGCUUGUUGCAGACAAAGUUCUUGCUCUUCAAAUAUUAGCCCUCUUGUUAGAACGACCCACAGAUGAUUCAGUUGAGAUAGCAGUUGGUUUCAUGCGUGAAGUUGGAGCACUUUUAGCACAAGUUUGCCCUAAAGCUAAUAAUGCUAUCUUUGAAAGAUUUAGAGCAGUAUUACAUGAGGGAGAAAUUGAUAAACGUAUCCAGUAUAUGAUCGAAGUUUUAUUUCAAAUUCGAAAAGAUAAAUAUAAAGAUAAUGAACCUGUUAUUCAAGAGCUGGAUCUUGUCGAAGAAGAAGAUCAAAUUACUCAUAAUAUUAGUUUAGAUGAUGACGACCUUGAUCCAGAAGACAUGUGUAAUAUAUUUAAAUAUGAUCCAGAUUAUACAGAAAAUGAAGAAAAAUACAACGCUAUUAAAGCUGAAAUUCUUGGUGAAGACUCUGAUGCAGAAAGUGGCUCAUCAGAGGAAGAGAGUGGAAGUAGCGAUGAAGAAGAAUCUUCGGAUGAAGAGGAAGAAGAAGAUAGAAUGGAAAUUGUUGAUAAAACAAAUGAUGAAGUUAUUGAAUUGAGGAGAAGAAUUUAUUUGACAAUCAUGUCUAGCGUCAACUUUGAAGAAGCAUGUCAUAAAUUAAUGAAGUUAAAUAUCCCUGAAAAAUACCAGCCUGAGUUAUGUAAUAUGGUUAUUGAAUGCUGUUCUCAAGAACGUACUUAUCUGAAAUACUAUGGUUUAAUGGCAGAGCGUUUCUGUAAAAUGAACCGUUUAUGGGUAGAUACCUUUGUUGAUUGCUUUACCGAAGUCUUUCAAACUAUUCAUCGUUAUGAAACUAAUAGACUUCGUAACAUUGGUAAAUUAUUUGCUCAUCUCUUUAAUACAGAUUCACUUCCAUGGACUGCAUUUCAUAUUAUUCGAUUAACAGAAGAAGAUACCACAUCUGCAUCUCGUAUCUUUAUUAAAAUUUUAUUCCAAGAGAUCAAUGAAUUCUUAGGUUUAAAGACCUUAAAGGAACGUAUAAUGGAUCCAUACAUGUCAGAAAGUUUGGCCGGUAUGUUUCCUAAGGAUAAUCCAAAGAAUACACGUUUUGCUAUUAACUAUUGGACCAGUAUUGGACUUGGUGCACUUACAGAAGAUUUACGUGAGUGGUUAAGAACUGCUCCACAACAACGUAUCAAACAAGAUGAGAGUGACAGCGACAGUGAUUCUGAAAGUGAUAGUGGCAGCAGUACCGCUAGUAGUUCCUCUUAUGAUAGUGAUUCCUCUUCAUAUUCAAGUAGUAGUAGCUACAGUAGUCGUAGUAGCAGUAGCAGUCGCAGUCGCAGUCGCAGUCGCAGUCGCAGUCGCAGUAGCAGUAGCAGUAGCAGUCGUAGUCGUAGUCGCAGUCGCAGUACGAGUGUUAGUAGCCGCAGUCGCAGUCGUAGUCGCAGCGCUAGUGUUAGUAGCCGUAGCAGUCGUAAUAGCUAUAGUGUAAGUCGCAGCCGUACUCCAGUUUCAAGUAGAAGUCGUAGUCCUGUUUCGCGUAGAGACCAUCGUCGUAGCCCUGCUAAACACUCUAGUUAUCGUAGUCCUAGUCGUAGUCGUAGCUCUAGUCGUAGCCGUAGUCCUGUUAGACGACGCAGCCCUACUAGACGUAGCUCUACUAGACGUAGCCCUAUUAGACGCAGCCCUAUUAGACGUAGCCCUAUUAGACGCAGCCCUAUUAGACGUAGCCCUAUUAGACGUAGCCGCCGAAGCCCUAGCUAUAGUCGCAGUCGCAGUCCUAUUAGACGUUCUAGUCGUCGAAGCCUUAGUCGUAGUCUCAGUCCUAAUGCUCGUAAAAGCUAUCGCGAUCGUAGUCGUAGUUCUAAUGGGCAUAGAAAUUAUCGUGAUCGUCGCAGUCGUAGUCCCAGUUAUCGUAGAUAGUAAAUAUACAGUUUUUUUUUUCCCUCCCCUUCUUAUAAUAGGUAUUUGAUUAUUUAUAUUUUGCACUUUUGAAAAACAAAAACGAUUCAAAUAAAUAUUGUCUAUUAUUAUAAUUAGUGUAA